GCCACGUUUUCUAGGGCUGGGCUGCGUGUACACAGCGAGGCACAACUUGCAGAGAAGGACUUUGUGGCCUGCUCCGGACAGCAUCAGCAUGAGUGAGCGCAUGAACACCACUGAAAUCUUCGAUGGCAUCCGCUUCCCAGGGUUCAUGCACACCCAGGAGUCCCUGAGAGCGGCCUGUUCUUUCCAGUUCCAGGACACAGACAUCCUCUUGGUGACAUUCCCCAAGUCAGGUACCACCUGGAUGCAGCAGGUUCUGACUCUUAUCUUCUGUGAGGGCCACCUGUGGCCCAUUCACCACCUCCCCAACUGGGCCCGCAUGCCCUGGAUAGAGCAAAUCUCCUUCGGCAGCCUCCUGGCCAAGCAGAACAGGUCCUGGCCCCGUCUGCUCACCUCCCACCUGAGUGCCAAAGGGCUCUCCCCAGCUCUGAUGAAGGCCAAGGCCAAGGUGGUGUACGUGGCCCGGAACCCCAAGGACGUCCUGGUUUCCUACUAUCAUUUUCACCGAAUAGCCAGCUUCCUGCCCAGCCCCAGCUCCUUUGAGGACUUUGCAGAUGAGUUCCUCCAGGGCACGGGUUUCUUCGGCUCCUGGUUUGACCAUGUGAAGGGGUGGCUGGGACUGCAGAACGACCUCACUUUGCUUUUUGUCACCUAUGAGGAGCUGCACCAGGAACCUCGGAGUACCAUCCGAAAGUUAAGUGAAUUCCUGGGGCGCUCCCUGGGGCCAAAAGAAGAGGACAUCAUCCUGGAACACAGCAGCUUCUCCUUCAUGAGUCAGAGCAACAUGGUCAACUAUAGCCUUUUGUCCGAGGAUAUCAUAGACCACAGCCAGGGCAAGUUCCUCCGGAAAGGUGUUGUGGGAAACUGGAGGGAACACUUUACUCCUGAGCUGAAUGAAAAGUUCAACGCUGUCUACCAGUCCAAGAUGGGUGACUCUGGCCUCUGCCUCCCCUGGACCAUGGACUGACCCUUCUGACCUAUAUAGACAAUUCACCCAGGCUUGUCCUACUCUGCUAUGACCCUGGUCUAGCCUGUCCUCCUACUGUGCUAUGUCCCUGGUCUAGCCUGUCCUUCUGUGCUAUGACCCUGUUCUAGCUUCUUCUCCUACUGUGCUAUGACCCUGGUCUAGCCUGUCCUCCUACUGUGCUAUGUCCCUGAUCUAGCCUGUCCUCCUACUGUGUUAUGUCCCUGGUCUAGCCUGUCCUCCUACUGUGUUAUAUCCCUGGUCUAUCAAUAAAAUCCCAGAUCCAUAUUGUACAGAC